AUGAAGCGUGCCGAAGGUGAGCUUGCGGAAGGCCCAACUGCAAAGAAAUCCACGACUAUCUCUAAGGCGAUUGGUGAGAAGAGUGCCACCGAGCCCCCUAAGAGGCCAGCGAAGAAGACGUUUGAGCCAACUGUAGGCUCGAGAAAAGGUAAAGCACCCGAGCAGCAUAAUGGCUUGGGGAAGAAGAAGGUGAUUGAGCCUCAUGGGGGCUCGGGCAAAGAGGUCGCUACGCAUGCUGGCGGCAUUGAGAAAAGUACGGCCAAAAGUGCAGCCAAGAAGAAGCCCACUCCUACAGAUGUGGCAGCUACUGUUGCCAUGGUGAGCCCACUCUUGUAUGAAGAAUGUAGCCAAACCUUGGAGGGAACUCACAAAGGAUGGAUGCUGGCAGAGACGGUAAAAGAGGAUGCCUUGGCAAGGGCCGAGGUUGCGGAGAAGGAGAAAGAGAAAGAGGCUAGGCAAGCUGACCUUGAGCUCCUUAAAGAGCAAGUUGCGGCCUUUGGGUUCAAGGAAAGGGAGUUCCUUGACAAACUCAAGGUGAGUGCGGCUGCUCAGAGUAAGGCUAAAGCUAAGGCAACAGAGGCCAACUAG